UUAUCGUUGCUGCUGCCUCUCAAACCCGCGGUCUUAUUCCUGUUGGGUCGCGUUUUCGCCGUUACCUGAAUCCGUCAGAGACAGCAGAAAAAAAGAAAAAAAAAGACAAGGGUCGCUUACCGUUUUGCAAUAAAAAAGCCAAAUCUGCUUUUUUUCUUCUUUCUAAAUAUUUAUCAAAAAUUCCCCACCCCGUCGCAACGAGAGCUCUCCACAACAAUGGCCGCCGCCGCGAGUAGCGAUCUUGAGAAGGGCGCUCUAGUGGGCAUGCAGCGCGAUGCCCGGAGUGACCGCGACUCUGAAGCUGCCAGUGAUAAGCCAGAGUCGGCCCCUGGUAGUGAGACUGAGCGAGACCCCGAAGACGCCAAGGAACCGGGUUCCGAUGACAAGACUGGUGCUGCCGCCACGGCAUUGCAGGACGCAGGCCCCCCUGAUGGUGGUGCCGCUGCAUGGCUAGUCGUUCUCGGCGCCUGGUGCUGCUCCUUCUGCAGCCCUGGUUGGCUCAACAGCAUGGGUAGCUUCCAGGAGUACUACGAGCUCGGUCCUCUGAAAGAAUACUCCAGCAGCACGAUUGCGUGGAUCCCGUCGCUCCAGCUGUUUUUCCUGUUCGGCUUGGGCCCAAUCGUCGGCAUCCUGUUCGACAGAUAUGGGCCGAGGCCGCUCAUCAUUGCCGGGACCAUCCUCCACGUCUUUGGCCUGAUGAUGGCGUCGCUGGCGACGACCUACUACCAGUUUGUCCUGUCCCAGGGCGUGUGCAGCGCCAUCGGCGUCGCCUGUCUAUACUCGCCUGCGCUGGCCUGCAUAUCGACAUGGUUCAACAAGAAGCGCGGAGCGGCAAUGGGCAUCAUGGCCACGGGCUCGUCGGUCGGCGGAGUCGUGUUCCCCAUCAUGAUCAGCCGCAUGAUCAAGCACAACGGGUACCCCUGGGCGCUGCGGACGGCCGCCUUCCUCGUCCUCGGCCUCCAGGUCGUCGCCUGCCUGACGGUGCGCUCGCGAACCAAACCCGUGCCCAAGAAGCUGCCCGCCGGCCGCCUCGCCGCGCCCUUCGCCGAGUCUGGCUUUGCCGUCCUGCUCAUCGGCAUCGUCUUCCUAACCUUUGGCAUGUACAUCCCCAUCGACUACCUGCCCUCGCAGGGCUACAAUGAGGCGCACAUGACCGAGGAGAUGUCGCAGUACCUGGUCGCCAUCCUGAACGCUGCAAGUCUCUUCGGCCGUCUGGGCGCGGGCUACGGCGCAGACUGGAUCGGGCGGUGGAACAUGUUCAUCAUCGCGUGCCUGGUGUCGGGGAUCUCGAGCCUGGCCAUCUGGAUCCCAGCGCAGACGGGCGGGAUCACGAUCGGGUACGCCAUCGCGUUCGGGUUCGCGUCAGGCGCGUUCGUGUCGCUGGUCGGCGCGCUGCCCAUCUCCGUGUCCCCUAUCCCCGAGAUCGGCUACCGCAUGGGCAUCGUGUUCCUCGUUAUCUCCAUCCCCGCUCUGAGUAUGGCCCCCAUCGGCGGCGCCAUCCUGCAGACCGCCGCCAACGGCUGGCUGUCCCUCAAGCUGUUUGCGGGUAUCAUGUGCAUCGCCGGCUCCUUGAUUAUUCUCUGGUCGCGCAUGCUCUACACCGACAAGAAGCUCCUCAAGCUAUUCUGA